AAGCAGCAGAACGCGUCACAUGUUUUUUGUUUAUGUAAUGCAGCGGUGUCAGAAGCGAACCCAGUACAAUCUGCGUGCUGCACAAGAGAAAAAUGUUGGUCUCGCGAGCUUAAAAUCAGAAAAACAGAGAUCCAUCGGUUGCUUUUAUUUUUGUCCUUGCACCGCGUUGAUGGAGCUCGGAGGAGUCGCGCUGAUCGGACUGAAGCGGAGUGAAGCAAUUCAUCAUUCAUCAAUAAAAGGGAAAACGUUACUCUCACAACAAAGACUGAGAUAUGAUUGCCAAUGGAUAAUCAUACAUAUUAAAUGUAUUGCCAUUUAGAAAAGUCAGUUGGAGAGGGAAUCCUAAAGCAUGCUCUUGGCACAAUUUCACAAUUGUCAUCGGCCUUUGGAAGCUUAUAAAAGCAGUGAUCACGAAAUGAGAUAGGACACAGCUUUAAAACUUUGUCACAUUUCUUGCUAAAGGAUCGAGCUGUGCAACUUGACAGAAGGCAUAAUCUGUUAAAUAUUGGAGCUGUCACCGGAUAAAAGUCGAGCAUGGAUCUGCUGGAGUGUCCGAUCUGUCUGUUCCUCAUGUGCGAGCCGGUGACCACGAGCUGUGGUCACUCUUUCUGCAGGAGAUGCAUGGGAGCCUUCCUGCCCUCGCGAUGCCCCACAUGCAAAGACCGACUGAAACAGAGAGAUGCCAAAAACAUCAAAAACAAUGUGUUACUCUUCAGCGUCAUUGAGAAAUGUUGCCCCGAAGAGACUAAGAUGAAAUGUCACAUUCAAGAGAAACUGAAAACGAGCGAGUUUACAGAAGCUCUGCGUAUUGCUGAUGAAGGAAUCGAGAUAGCCCCUGAAGAUGUGAGUCUGAAAGUGUGGCGAGCUGAGGCCUGCAUGGGCCUCCGUCGCUUUUCUGAUGCCCUCCGUGACCUGGAUGACCUGUGCUUUGUGCGACCCAACUGGACUGAGGGUUUCUUUCGUAAAGGGAAUGUACUUCUUGAAAUGGGCAGACAGACCGAAGCCCUCAUCCAGUUUUAUCAUUGCCUGAAGCAGCAUCCUGAUUUUGCCCCUGCAAAAAAUCAGAUUAAGAAGAUCCUGGAAGCAGAGGGCAUGGCUGUACCAGAAGAAGUUCCACGGAUCCUGCAUGUUGUGUCAGAGUACUUGCAAGAGCCCUGUCCUAUCACCAGCUCUGUUAGCCCCUCAUGUCCAGAUGGUCAGCGCUAUGCCCACAACAACGCUGAAGGUCAAAGUGAUCCCGCGCAGAAUGCAACUAAAGUGAAGCACGGCACCAGCGGCGAGUGCUGUCUGAGCCUGUGUCAGGCUGUGUCCUUCCUCCCCACGGCUGAGGAUGAUGAUGAACUGAUGAUGAAGAGAGAAGAGAAACAAAACAGAGGCAUAUGCAGUGUGGGCAGAGAGUCCUGCCUCAGCGUUCUGACGGUGGCUGAUUUUGAGUGCCCUCUCUGCAUCAGGUUAUUCUAUGAGCCAGUGACAACACCCUGUGGACACACCUUCUGCAAAAACUGCAUUGAGAGAAGUCUGGACCAUAAUCUACGCUGUCCACUUUGUAAACAACCACUGCAGGAGUAUUUUAAGAACAGGAAGUACAACACCACCGUGCUGCUGCAGGAGAUCAUGUCCCGCCUCUUUCCCCAGCAGUUGGCAGAAAGGAAACAGGUGCACGAGGCGGAGAUGGCAGAGCUCUCAAAUUUGACUAAGGACAUCCCAAUCUUUGUGUGCACGGUGGCGUACCCUGGCAUCCCAUGUCCGCUGCACAUCUUUGAGCCUCGUUACCGUCUCAUGAUGCGGCGAUGUAUGGAGACGGGCACCAAAAAGUUUGGCAUGUGCAGCUACGAGCAUGGCAAAGGUUUUGCGGAUUACGGCUGCAUGUUGGAUAUUUUGGAUCUGGAUUUGCUUCCUGAUGGUCGCUCCUAUGUGGAAACAGUGGGAGGAAGCCGCUUCCGAGUGCUCAGGAGAGGACAGAGAGAUGGCUACCACACAGCUGAUAUUGAGUACCUGGAAGAUCAUAAGGUCGAAGGUGCUGAGCUUGAAUUACUGCAGCGUCUCCAUGAGAGUGUGUAUCAGCAAGCGAGAGAGUGGUACCAGCGUCUGAACAGCCGCAUUCAGGAGCAGAUCAGCCAGCAGUAUGGCAUCAUGCCCGAGAAAGAGGACGAUAUACAGGCAUCUGCUAAUGGGCCGGCCUGGUGCUGGUGGCUGCUGUCAGUGCUGCAGUUAGAUCCAGCCUAUCAGACCACCGUUCUGUCUCUGACCUCCCUGAAGGACAGACUGGGUCAUCUACGUAUCGUACUAGAAUACUUCUCUCAGAGCUAGGACGGAGACACAUUAUUUGCCCAUAUAUCUGAUCACAUCACAUGCAUGCACCACGAAAGACAUAAAUUUUCUUCUGAUUUAAACAGAGUGAUUUGUUUGCUCUCGCUACAAAAUGUAAUAUAUUUCUGAUCAUAAACCGUACACAAGAUCUCUUAUGGUUGAAUAACUCUGAUAUGGGUUUGUUUAAAAACGAGAUGACCUGUUCCAAUGGCUGUACAACUAUUGAAUAAGUCAUUGAAUUAAUUCCUACUUCAGUCGAGCACCAAAGAAUCAAGGACUCGUUUUACACAGAACAGCUGUUUAUUGGUUCACGCUGUUCGCUUCAUUAAACAUCAUCAGAGCGGAUGCCAAAUGUUGCAGCUAGUUUUGUUGACAUACAUUUGAGAUGUUUCCAGUUUUACUGGGCCCUGUCCAGGAUUUGUUUUUAAAUGUGUAACUUGCAUUUGUGGCCGAGAGUUGGCCCAAGAGACUGAUGACUGAAUAGGAGCUCAUUGAUUAUUCAUGAAUGAAACACUUAUGACUACAGCCUCAAAAUCUCACAAUUCCGGGCGUAAGUUUUAGUAGAAUCAGAAAUAAUAAUAUCCUCAGUAACAGAUGAGGAGUUACAUUAAUAUUGCAUUCUUUUUCGAUAUAUGAAAGCUGCUAGCUGUGGUAGUUUCAUUCCUAGUAUUAAAUGUGUUGCAAGCUUGCUGGCAUGACAGUAGGGAGGAGCGAGAAAGGGAUUCCCAUUCAAAAUAAAUUUUUGAACUUUUAUUUAGCAAAGAUGCAUUAAAGUGAAAAUAAAUAUUUCAAAGGAUUUCUCUUUUAAACACUGUUCUUUUUAACUUUCUAUUCAUCAAAAAUACAGAUUUUUUUUUUUCUUUUCAGCAAAUCAGCAUAUUCGAAUAAUUUUUGAAGUGCCAUUUUACACUGAAGACUGGAGUAAUGAUAAUUGAGCUUUGCAUUUAUAGGAUUAAAUUAAAUUAGAGAGUUAUUUUAUAUUUUAAUAAUGUUUUACUGUAUUUUUCAUUAAAUAAAUGCAGCAUUUCAGAAACAUAAAAAAAAAAAAAAAAUCUUACGUACUCCAAACGUAUGAAUGGUAGUGUAAAGUACUCUUAAUCAGACAGCAGCUGUGGGAGGUGUUGUGAAGGUUUAAGAUAUCUGGUUGAUCAUUGUAACUCUCCAAACCUCUUUGUGUCAGUCAUAUUGGAUUAUUUCUGUGUGCUUGUGCCUUGUGAUGGGCCUUAAUCUGGUUUUAGAUAUUUGAUUAAGGACUGCAGAUUUAUGUUCCUUAUUUUUCCUUUCUUUUGUUCAGUGCCACAUUCCAAGGAAUGUUAAAACUGCAAUGUUACAUGUGAUUUAACACUUACAUGUGCUUGAAAAUGACUUUGUUCAUAUUCUGGUGAUUGUGCAAUUUUAUUUUAUUUUUUAAAUCUCAUACACGUCUAGCUCCUAAUGGCUGAAAGUCCAAGGGUUAAUAUGCACCCACCUGCACUGUUAAUUUAUUUUUAGGUUUUUCAUAUUUGAUAUGUUGUGCACUGCUCUGAAGAUUACUGUCAUUUGGCCAUAUUGAAAACCAGUUACUAACAGAUGGGUGCUUUGCUUUCAACCUUGUUUUGAAUGCAGUAUGCCUAAAUGUACUGAUUUUAAAUUUGUCUUAUUUGAUGAAGCGUAAAUUUGGGAACUUUUGCAGGACAGAUUAGACACAAAAAGAUUCAUGCAAAAACUGAGAUUUAAAGAGGCCUCAGUUAUGUUCCACUUCACACUUCAUCACAGCUUUAAAUGAUCACACCUCGAUGGUCAACAUCAUGCUGAGCCACACAUUAUUCAUGAUCGCAUGACCUCAAUGGAGUGAUUCAGAGAGACAAAUAUUUAUGAAAGGGAUUCAAAUCAGAGUUUUCUUUUUUAUUUGAAUUUGCUUUAGUAAUUUAAGUAAGACUUUACUGAUUGAUGCAUCUGAUGUGUUGUUUCAUAUCUAAAGUGCACUCUUGACUUUUAAUACCUUCCAUCCUCAGGAUACGGGCUUGAAAAAUCACUUACAAAUGCUGUUGCUCCACUUGUCUGUAGUUUCUCAGCAUUGUGGUGGUGAGCCUGACAAUGUCAAAUUCUCACCCUUCUGGUUUAAGUGUAUGUGAAGGUGGCAGAUCCUGUGGUAUUGCUUUGGGAUAGUAAAAGUGCAAUUUAGAGUGACUUUAUUCUUCACUAAUAGUCUCAUAAAAAAGAAGGAUGCCAUAGCUCUCAAAUCAAAUGUCUUGUGUAAGUAAAAAGACUUUGAUUAAAUUUAAUCCACAAAUAUAGAUGAGCCAAAUCAGAAUCACUAAUUAAGAUUAUAUCCUCUGUUUUGUAAAAUUGUUUGAAAAGCAAUCAUUUCCAUUCAAUGGCAAAUUAUGCUUUUUCAUUUAAUUCAAAUGAUCAGUGGACUCUGAUGCAAAGUAUUUCUUCUUUCUUUUUUUGUCACUAUUACUUUUUAAUGUCAUAUAUUGAUGUGUUUGGAAUUAAGGCAGUCUUCGGCAGACUAUUGUAAAAUCUGUUUUCCCUGGUGUAAUCUAGGGACCUGUAUCAGUGAUUUUUCUUUUGAGAGAUUUGUCUUUAACUCUUAAUGAGUUAUGAGAUACACAUUAUACAAUAAAUGUAAUAUUAAAAUAAAUAAUUCAAAAUAUCA